GCGCAAAUUGCAAAUCCGCGCGCAGAUGCAAUUCAGCAUUUGCAUUUGCAACUUCAAGCUCGCGAACCACUCAAGCUUACACUUGUCGCUACCAUGGCUGCUCAAAAGCACUCGAGGCUUUGAACGGAACUCACUUUCCAGAGUGAACGCAAACUCUGCCAAAGGUUGUGGUGCUCGGUCUUCUGAAGUUCUGGAUCACUCGGCUCGUCGAGCUACAGCUUGUGCAUUGCGCUCGUCAUGCAUCUGCUCAGGACAAAAGCCUCUGAAUCGAAAGUCAUCGUCUCUGUGAACAAUGAGAACAGGAUAGAGUCUUCUGUAAGCCGACAUGCUUUCGUUGCAGAGAUAUCUGUGCUGUGCCCGUCAAAGUACCCUCAGAAUGUCCCGACAUCUGUUGCGAAUGCGGUCUUCUAUCGUUGCCAACUUAACACGCUGCAAUUGCUCGAGAGCCUAUUUGUAGAUGUUAUCAAUGGGCGCCUGAGAGUGCUCAGUGAGCGCAAACUCGACGGUGAAAAUUGCAUUUGCGUUGAAUCAGGCGUGAUGACCUUGAGUCUCCUAAAGGAAACCUAUCAAAGGAUGGGUUUAGAUGGACUCCCGUCACAGACAAUGAAGGGCAAGUGGCAGGUUUCGUUGGAUUUCACAGCGCCAGGCUUCGCAGGCGCCAAAAAUCUGUCCCGAGUGCGGAAGGCUUUCUCAGUGUUGGGUGCACCCAUUCAUGUUGUGUGCUGCUAUGGAUAUGGUGAGAUAUGUCCCGACGCAGCAAGCGCAAUACUCGGGCUGCCAGUGAAAACCAAACUGCUAAGAAGGCAAGAAACACAGAUCGUUCCUGAAAUGAGGAGUGGGAUGAUACAGCAGUUACAGAAUCAGUUUGACGACAGCGUUUUCGAAGAGCUGCAGGAGGAUUUGCACACAUGGUUGACAUUGUCUACACAAGGAUAUGGACUUAAGGGCAUACAAGAACCGUUCAUCUCAGUCUUCAAUUGCCCCUCUCCUGCCGCAAACGAGGAAAUGUGUUUAACUACCCUGACUGGCAUGUUCUCCCCAACACUCGUGGCCAGCGUGUUGAUGAACACUCGGCCCCAGCCUGAGCUGGAUAGCUGGAGCUUUGUGCAAAUGACCGGCUUUGAGCACACGCCUGUUGCUUGGCAUGGCAGCGAGCAUGGCUUUAUGUCCGGUGGCGAAAAUGUAGUGUCCGUUCUGCGAUGCCAUGGCGAGGAGCAGACCUCAGACCUAUCUGUGCUUUGGGAAGUUGUUGGGCAAGAUAGUAAGCAUACGUAGACAAGUACUCGCCGAACCCACGAGUGCGGCAUGUAUUCCAAAGGAUGCCAUGGCGUUUCAC